CAAAAUUACUCGGAAAAUAUUAGAAAAAUGAAAUAAUCAAUAAACUUUACGAAUUCUUCCAGUUUUACACGAAUAAGCCCGUAAAAGAACACCAUAUUAGGAUGACGAUGAUUUCCACCCAGAUGUAUAAAAUUAUGAGUCCUACACCCAAGUUAUCAGAAUGCUGAAAACGUCAUUUGAUUCUGGAAUCAGAUUAUUGUGAAAAAUGUCAGAAAUGGGGGCAAUCUUCAAACGUAACAAGACACUGAUAUUAAAAUGGCUUGGAAGCAUAUUCAUCUGCUACAUGGUUUACAUAAAUUUUGAACCAGUAAUUAUCAAACUACGUGAAGAUGCAGCUCAGCUAGAUAUAUCAAGUUUUGGAUAUGCCGCUAUUAAACCUACAUCCCACAACCAAGGUGGAAGUAGUCGGGAAGAUAAACAACCACAUACUACCGCAAGUACUUUACGAUCUGGUGAUGAAAUUUGUCCCAUGACUCGUUUACAUGGUGCUACUAAAAAUAUGGCUCAGUGUAGACGAAUCAAGCCAUUGAAGGGUUCGUGUAAUAUUGCAAAUGAACUAUUUAGGAGCAAACCACCAGAUACCUGUGAACAUCAAACCCAUCAUGAAAUAUGCAAAUUACAGGUGUCACCUAAAGAUGGCACCACUGUAUCAUGUGAUGGAAGCAAAUGUGCUGCCCCCCAUGAACUUGGUUCAGUUAAUGAAGAUACCGGUGAACUUAUAUGGGAACGCCACAACAAUAUUGCAGACAUCGAGAUUAAACUACUUAAAAUGACAUCACAAAGCUAUACAAAGCGACACUAUGGGUAUUGCUACAUAAGAUGUAAACCAAACGAUGGCGAACAUGUAGAAUAUUUUGAUGAAAAUUAUGAUACAGAUUGGAGUCAAUAUACAUAUCAGCUUCUUGUUCUUCCCCCUCAGUUGUAUUUGAACUCAAAACAUAUGCCAACCCCUCAAAAUAAAGAAUCUCCAAUUAAUCGUAUUAAUUUAAACAUUAUGCUUCUUGAUUCAGUGUCUCAUAAUCACUUUUAUCGGUCUUUACCGAAGACGAUAAAAAAGUUUAAUCACAUUAACAUUCAUAGAAGCAUACCAGCAAAUGUGUUGGAUUUCCGCAAAAUGCAAGCAAUAAAAUCAAGGACUUAUGAGUCUUUACAGGCUCUUUUUUCCGGGGAAGUUUAUUUAGAGGAAAAGCCAUUCGCUGUUCUGGAUUUACCCCCCAGACCAUUGAAAACAGAAGACUUAUUUGUGCCAUUUAAGAAUGCUGGAUACCAGACACUAUGGUUGGAAGACCUGUGCUGGGAAUGGGAAUGGGGGAUUACAAAAAAUCUACGGGUUCACAAUAAAUCCAUCCCGCAUGAUGUCAAAUGGAGGAAUUUACAGAAAGUUUUAGAAAAAUCUGGCAUUGAUGCAUUGGAUCUCACUCAUGCAAGCUGUGAAAUUUUACAACUCGGUGAACACCCUGAUCCAUUUCAUGGUCCAGAUGUACUAUGCUUCAAUGGAAAAUUCCAACAUGAAUAUAUAUUGGAGUAUCUGACAAUGUAUCAAUCGUACUUAAGUAAAGACAAAUCACCUCAUGUGAUAUUUUGGAAUAAUAAUAUCGCCCAUGAGGACACUCAACGCAGGGUUCAAACUUUAGACGAACAUCUCAGUCGUUACGUUGACUUCUUGGUCACCCAGCAAAAUACUCUAUCUAUCAUCGUAGCUGAUCAUGGCAAUGCAUAUGGUCAAUUUCUCGACCAAUCAGCAGAAGGGCGAGUUGAGAUGUUUCAUCCUAGCUUAUUUAUGAUAAUACCAGAUACUGUCGCAAAAAUAAUCGGCCCUACAAAAAUGAAAGCUUUAUAUUCCAAUCAAGACAAGCUUAUCACCAUGUUAGAUUUACAUUACAUGUUACAGUAUAUCCUAUCGUUGGUAUCACCCUUAACAGACAAUCCUGAAAAAACUAAAAUCAGAGAAAAUUUUUCCGUGAAUCCUUCUGGGUUGUUUUCUCCGAUAUCAGCCAAUAGAUCCUGCAGUGAUCUCCCCAUGCUUCGACCUAAUAUGUGCAUCUGCCAGGGGUAUGAAUCUACAGUGGCUAAUGACUCAUCGCACAUUCUCCUAGCAGAGUUUGCCUUGGGAGAGCUGAACAAUGUAAUCUCCAAGCAAUACAGGGCAGGGCAUCCCCAUGCAAAAUCUGGAUUUGGGGCCUGCCAGAGGCUUGUGGCCCAUAGUUUUACUAAUGUCAAAGAAAGCCAUGAAAAGGACCGCUCAAAAAUAACAAAGUUUGACCUUAACAUUAAAGGUCCGCAAUUUGAAGAAGUAUUUUUUGUAGCAGUGAAAACAAAACACUCUAGUAACUUCACUAUGGAGCUUUUAACAUUUGAGCGAAUGUCCAAAUAUAGUCAUUUCUCAAAAUGUGCUGAUACAGAUGUUAAGUUACCACUUUGUAUUUGUGACAUCAAUCAGGCUCAACCAAUCAAAUCACAAGAUUUUUCUGCCAUAUUAUCAUCACCGCCAUAUAUUUUACAAACUGAGAGUGAGAUCUUUACCCCAGAGGAAAUAUCGGGGAAAUGUCUUCACGUUAUAACACGACGAUACAAACAGGGUGCAAAUUUUGAGAUCUACAACAGCUGUAACGAUAAAGGAUUUAAUAUCGGAUUUAGUUUAAAAACAGAAAAUAUGGAAAUUACAUCUGAGAUGCCUGUGGAAAAGCACCUGUUGCCCGGUGAUGUGACAUUCCUAGUGGUUGCCAUUGGAAAUUCACCGAAGGUUAAAUGGUCAUGGAAGUACUCUAUGGUAUUUGCUCCAUUCAAUGUGUGAAAGAUCUUAUUUAACUUUUCAUAUUUACUUGAGUAUCCAAAAUCACCUUUUUGAUUUCGGUAGAGGAUGAUCUUAGGAGUUAUACUCAGCUUGAAGUCCUGGACUAAAUUUUUUUACCAUUUUAGUUUUCAUCGUGUUUAGUCAACAGGUUGAAAUUUAAGCUUUUUUUCUAAAAUGCUAUAUUUCAUGGUUUAUUGAUUUUUGACAAAGAAGGAUUUUCCUUUGCUUAUUGAGAAAAUAUGAGAACAAUAUUUUAAGAAUUAGGAUGCAUUUUAAACAGUUAACAAACAGGAUUAUUUUACUUUUUGUUGAAUAAACCAUGAUUUUUCUUGUUGAUCUUUAUCUGGAGAAAACUAAAACUGGAAGUUUGUCAGAGGUUACGAUUGAGAACCAAAGCUGAAAAUAACUCCCAAAACAAUCUGCCAUAGGAAUAAAGAAGGUGAUUUAGGGGACAAAAUGGUUUCCUCAAAGCUGCUAAGGGACACAAGAAUGAUUAUUUGUUGGAAAUUCAUGUACUGUUUUUAUUUGUAUGUUUCCAAUUUACAGUUUACUAAUGCCUGGGUCACAUUUGCUCUG